AUGUACAGUCCCACAUCGAAUGAGUUCGGCGAUGUUGUCAAGGGCUCUUUGCUUAUCAGAGGAGUGCUCAAGUCAUGGAAAAUGGGGGAGGGAAAAGUUGUAGCUACCAAGUUGUGCAUGAGCGAGGCGGGUGUCUACUUUGACGAAGACAUCGAUGAAAUUUUAUUUUGCUUACAUGCGCGAGGCAUGGAAUACUUCUUAUUCUAUCCCUCUCCGGAGGAUACUUCACGAUAUUUUGCACUUAUACUAAGGAAAAUCGACGAAACAUUUAAACGAGUUGGUAUGGCAGCCAGUUCUGUUGAGGCCUUUGAUUUGUACAAAGAUGUUCAAGGCACAGGAGAGUUUAGUCUCAAUUGCCCUCGGGUUGUGAUUAUUGAAUAA